AUGUCUUCUAAAUACACACCCUUGGUGGACCAAGAUCUGGAUCUUCCUCCAUAUGAAUUAGUCUCACCAUCUACGCAGGCUGCACCUGUGGGAUCUUCUGAGGUUCUUACACCCAUAUCCGAACCAGAGCAAGCCCCUCUUUCUAGCAUCGCUCUCUCGCCACCACAACCACCCAAGCAAUCCAAAUCUUUUGCACAGAAUAUUAUUAAUUUUUUCACAAUAGACAAGGCCUACACCUUCAGAAUUAAAUCCAGUCUCGUUGAAGAAAGGGUAUUUAUUUUCAAGUAUUCUCCAAAGGAUGGAUUUCAAAAAUUCCGUGAUUUAAUAGUUGAAAAGGUUAGAGAAACCACCACUGGUGCUCCAAGCGAGUUUAACCCAUUUUUGGUGGGAUACCUUAAUGGAAGAGACUUGAUCACUAUAAGCAGUGAUGAAGAAUUCAUGCUCUAUAUAAAUUCCCAAUUCCACAAUAAGAAAAGCUGCAAGAGAAAUAAACGUAAGCUAGAAAGGAAGAUGGUUGAGUUGUUUGUCUAUGAAACGGAAGAUCACUUGAAGUUAACAAGUGAAUUUGAAAGGAAGCGCAGAGUUAGGGCCCUUCUUGUUGUAUUUAUAGUGGUAUACGCAAUUACUUUUUUGACAAGCUUUUUCGGAGCUCGCUUUUUCUUGAGCUAG